GUACGACGAGCUUACCUAGCUAGCUGACUGCUCGAGACGACGAGACGUGCGAUUUUUACUCCUCACGGUAAACGAUUCUUGUGAACGCCGGCGCUCCAUGUAGCAUGGUGGGGGGUUUAGUGCUCUCCCAGGCGCAGCACCAGGUCGGGAUCGCCGCGACGUCGCCGGCGCAGGCGCAGGCGGCGGAGCAGGCGGCCUUCAGGGGGAGGGAUCACCGGGCGCCAUGCGCGAACCUGGACGAGGCGAGGAAGGCGCACGCGCGGCACGUCAAGCUCGGCCUCGACCGCUCGCCGCGGCACGCGCGGCCGCUCCUCGCGGCGUGCGCGCUCGCCGCCGACUGGCCCGGGAGCAUGGCCUACGCGGCCUCCAUCUUCGCGGCGCUCGACGACCCCGAGGCGUUCGACUACAACACCCUGAUGCGCGGCUACGUCGCCGCCGCCGGCGGCGGCGGCCGCGACCCCGCGGCCGCGCUGCGGCUGUUCGUGGACAUGGUGGAUGACGGCGUCGAGCCCGACAGCUACACGUUCCCGUUCGUCUUCAAGGCGUGCGCCCAGCUCGGCGCCUUGCAAGAAGGGAGACAGUUGCAGGGACACCUCGUGAAGCUCGGGUUUCAGCGUGACGAGCACUCGCAGAACAGCCUCAUCAGCUUCUACGGCAAGUGCGGCGAGGCUGACCUGGCUCGCCGCGCGUUCGAGCAGAUGGAGGACGAUGAGCAGACGACGGCUUCCUGGAGCGCGCUGCUCGCGGCGUACACGAGGGCCGGACGCUGGGCGGAGUGCGUCGAGUCGUUCGGCGCCAUGGUGCGCGCGGGAUGGAGGCCCGACGAGAGCUCCAUGGUCAGCGCGCUCUCGGCGUGCGCGCACCUGGGCGCCCACGACGUCGGCCGGAGCAUCCAUUGCGCUCUGCUGAGGAACACCGCGAGGCUGAACACGUUCAUGAGCACGUCCCUGGUGGACAUGUACGCCAAGUGCGGCUGCAUCGAGAACGCGGCGGCGGUGUUCGACGCGAUGGACGACAAGAACGCGUGGACGUACAGCGCCAUGGUGUCCGGCUUGGCAUUGCACGGCGACGGGCGUAAGGCGCUGGAGGUGUUCGACGCGAUGGUCAGGGAGGGCCACAGGCCCGACGCCGCCGUGUACGUCGGCGUGCUGAACGCCUGCAGCCGCGCCGGCCUCCUCGAGGAAGGGCUCCGCUGCUUCGACCGGAUGCGGCUGGAGCACAAGCUGACACCCAACGCGCAGCACUACGGCUGCAUGGUGGACCUCAUGGCGCGAGCGGGGAGGCUGGACGACGCGCGCGCGCUCAUCGGGAGCAUGCCCACGGGGCCGACGGACACGGCGUGGCGGAGCCUGCUCAACGCGUGCCGCAUCCACGGCAACCUGGAGCUCGCCGAGCGCGCGCUGCAGGAGCUGGAGCGCCUCGGCGCCACCAACGCCGGCGACUACAUAAUCCUCUCCGACAUGCACGCCAGGGCCCACAACCGGGACGCCGCCGCGGCGCGCCGGACGGAGGCGGUGGACAGGGGCCUCGCGCAGGCCCCCGGGUACAGCGCCGUCGAGGUGCACGGCGCGACGCACCGGUUCGUGUCGCAGGACAGGUCGCACCCGCGGGCGGACGACAUCUACGAGAUGCUGCACCAGAUGGAGUGGCAGCUCCGGUUCGAGGGGUACACGCCCGACACGUCGGAGCUGGCGCUGGACGCAGGCGAGGAGGAGAAGCGGCGCGUGGUCGCGGCGCACAGCCAGAAGCUGGCCAUGGCGUUCGGCCUGCUCAGCACGCCGGAGGGGGCGCCGGUGAGGGUCGUCACCAACCUCCGGAUGAGCAAGGAGUGCCACGCGUACAGCGCGCUCAUCUCGGAGAUCUUCGGGAGGGAGAUCGUCGUCAGGGACCGGAACCGGUUCCACCGCUUCAAGCGCGGCGCAUGCAGCUGCAGAAACUACUGGUGAGACGGCUGGGCUGGCAUAGUGGCAUGGCAUCUCUCUGUGAUUGAUGUAAAUAUGGACAUUUUCCUUGUGUUUCAUGCAAGUGUAAGAUUAAUUCCUUUGUUGUGUAUGAUCCACAAUGUUAGAUCAAUUAUAGUAUUAUACUGUUGUGCAAUGAAAACAAGACUGAUGAGUUAUAUAAAUGAUGGUAAAUAUGCAUUUCGAGUAACUA